AUGAAUCAAGAAACAUUAAAUGGUUUACCAAUUGUCCAAAAAACAAAUGCAAAGUAUAUAUCCUUCGCUAGACACAAUUUACCUCCUUCUUUUUCGGGCGUGGGACUUGUAGUUUAUGACAAUUCGAAUAUGAAUGGUGAUCUAAGCUUUGCACAAUUUCCAAAUCUCAUGGCAAUCACAAUUCAGAAUCAAGUAAUCUACAGUAAUCUGAAUAGCAUCGAUAUUAGCGAAAAUGAAAAUUUCUGGAAGUUGGAUAUUAACAGUAAUUUCAACUAUUAUUGUAAGAUUAUCGUCAAAGAAAGGCAACUUAAUCGAGUAUUAGUAUCUUACGUUGAAAAUGGGGUCUGUAAAAAGGAAAAGUUAAAAAACCAAUGCCAAAUACCUUACUACCUAGUCGAAGAUCGAAAAUUGGAACAAUUGGAAACGGAAGUAAAAAAGCUGAAACAAGAUCUCGCCGAAAAAAAUCAACAAAUAAAGGACUUACAAACGGAAGCAAAGAAAAAACCUACUCUUUACCAGUUUGAAGAAUUAAAUAAAGUAGUAUUUCCUGAUAGUGAACUUAACUACGUCAGUUUAAAAGAAGAAAUUAAGAGACUUAAGUUAAAGGAUUUUGCACCUUAUUUUCGACAGCAAAAGGACCGAUUUGAUCAGUUGACCCUAACUAGCAAAAAUAAAGCAGCUGAUAAUUUGAAACCAAUAUUAGAACUUUUCUUACAAACUCGAAAACAAAUUAUCGAACAGAACAACAGAAAUGGCGACGAUUUCGCAAAAGGACAACUGCAAGGACAGCUAGUCACUUGCCAGACACUUUUACAAUCAAAGUUUACCCAAGAGGAAUUACAAACUCUUUUAAAUAUGCAAGAAGAAAUAUUAAAACUUGAGGAGCAAUCAAAUAGUUUGAGAGGGUGA